AUGCUCACGCCAUGGGCAUUGAAGAAACUGCAGAACUUGACUCUCGAUUAUAUGGAGAUUCGAUGCGACGGGAAAGAAUGUCAUGGCUGGGUUGCGGUCCAUCGAAUCAACUUCGCUCUCGGUCUUUUCCACUUGAUAUUCGCUCUUCUACUCCUUGGGGUUAAGAGCUCAAAAGAUACUCGUGCUGCGAUUCAGAAUGGCUAUUGGGGUCCAAAGGUCAUCCUCUGGCUGGCUUUUGUCGUCAUGUCCUUCUUUAUCCCGGAGCCUUUCUUCUUCGUGUACGGCAACUACAUUGCCUUUUUCUGCGCCAUGCUGUUCCUGCUGUUGGGCCUAAUCCUUUUGGUCGAUCUUGCGCAUUCGUGGGCAGAGUUGUGUCUGCAGAAGAUCGAAGACAGCGAUUCUCGCCUGUGGCGGGGUCUGCUCAUUGGUUCCACCGUUGGCAUGUACUUGGCAUCUUUCGUCAUGACUAUCUUGAUGUACAUCUUCUUCGCCAGGGGUAGUUGCUCUAUGAACCAGGCUGCAAUCACGGUUAACUUGGUUGUGUUCUUGAUCAUCUCCUUUGUAUCUGUUCAACCCGCAGUGCAAGAGUCGAACAGCCGCGCAGGGUUGGCCCAGGCUGCUAUGGUCACCGUCUACUGCACCUACCUCACCUUGUCCGCCGUUUCGAUGGAACCAGACGACAACAACUGCAACCCACUGAUCCGGUCUCGUGGAGCACGGUCAGCCACCAUUGUUCUUGGCGCGAUUGUCACUAUGCUGACUAUUGCAUACACGACCACCCGCGCUGCCACCCAAGGCAUUGGCCUGGGUUCCAAGGGUGGACACAACUACGUUCAACUGGGAACAGAUGAUAACGAGCACGGCUUGGUUACCCAACAGCCCACUACCCGUCGCGAGAUGCGUGCCGAGGCCCUUCGAGCUGCGGUUGAGAGUGGUAGUCUUCCCGCCAGUGCCUUGAACGAUGACAGUGAUGACGAGGAUGAUUACGAAACCAUCAAGGACGAUGAGCGUGGCUCCACCCAAUAUAAUUACUCGCUCUUCCAUAUCAUUUUCUUCCUUGCCACUACCUGGGUGGCCACUUUGUUGGUUCAAGGAUUGACACUCGAGACUACCACAGAUUUUGCACCGGUAGGCCGCACGUAUUGGGCCAGCUGGGUGAAGAUCGUGAGCUCUUGGGUCUGCUAUGCAAUCUAUCUAUGGACUUUGGUUGCACCUGUUGUCCUGCCCGAUCGCUUUGGUGUAUACUGA